AUGGUAGAUUACCUCACGGUCAUAACCCAACGAGUAAACUUACUGAUUCACGACCUAGACGAGUCGUCCGUGAAGUCCGCGCACGAGGACGUUCGCGAGGCCUCGGAGCUUUUCGGCCCAGACGGCGAGUUCCACGCGUUCGGGUUACUCCUCGCGCGCGCGAACGCCGACCUCGACGCCGCGAACGCCUCGAAGGCCGGAUCGAACCCCGCGUCGAUCGCGCUCGCGUCGUCGUUCGCCUCGCGCCUCGCUUCCAAGGACGCGAACGAAUUCUCGUCGCGCGUCCGCGUCCUCGUCGCCGCACUCGGGAUCGACUCGGGCCGUCUGCGCGCGCUCGGGGUGAACAUCGACGGCGGCGGCGCGAUGGGCGACCACGGCGGCGACAUCGUGUCUCGCCUAUCCAGCAGCUCCGGCCCGAGCGCGGUGAUCGCGGAGCUCGGGUACGGAUGCGCCGUCACCGUGGAUUAUUUCAAAGAAGUCAUCGGGCUGAUGCCCGCGAUGGACGAGAGCGAGCUCGCGCGGCUCGUCGGCGUCCUCGCGAGGACGCACUCCAGCCUUGACGUGUCCACGUGCGGCGCGACGCUGAGCUCGCUCGCGGCCGCGGUCGGGAUCGACGCGCCGUCCGCGGCGGCGCUGAGCGCGACGAAUUGGAAUUACGAAAACGCCGCCGACGCGCUCGCGGCGACGUGCCCGUCGUUGGACUGGACGAAAGCGAUGUAUAAGCUGAACCAUCUCGGUUUUAUCGUCCCGGACGCGCGGACGUUCGAGGCGCUCGUGAGGAUGUUCGCCAGGGCGACGAAGGACAAGGAGCCGUUUCCGGUGGCCGCCGUCGCCGGCGGAAGCGGGUGGACGGAAGCCCCGGCGGGGCAGCUCGAGUUUUUGCGGCACGCGAUCGUCGCCCCGGGGGACAUGUUCCCGUGGGCGUUCUCUCGGAGGAAAAUCCCGCCGAUCGAGGGGCUCGCGGGCGGCGCGUCUCCGAUUGGCACGCCGAACCAGUGCUGGCUGAGCGUCGACUUAUACCUCACGCUCGCGUCGCUCGCGGAUUCGUCGGCGGCGCUCGCGAACGCCGCGAGAGGCGUGAUCGAGCCCGCGAUGACCGCGUGCGGAGAAGUCGUCGCCCUCGGCGCGUCCGUCGCCAUGGCGGAGGAGCCGGCACUCGCGGGGGGGUUCCUCAGCGACGUCGUCGCGGCGACGCUGCCGCCGUAUCUCUCCGCGGGGGGACACCUGAACACGGCGCUCGUGCUGCACAGGGUGUACAACGCCAGCGCCGCGGGCGCGGAGUGCGUCGCGCGCGCGAUGGCGGAGGUGCACUCGCGCGAGGGGGGGGUCAACGUCCCGCGGCUGCUGGACGUGUGCCAGGACCUGAAAGCGCUGAGCGUGGUGCUGGACCGGGCGCCGCACGCGUUCGCGGUGGAGCUCGCCGCGCUCGCCGCGCGGAGAGAAUACCUGAACCUCGAGAAGUGGCUCCAGGAGCGCGCCGCGGCGUCGGGCGCGCCGUUCGCGGCGGCGUGCGUGCGGUUCUUGCGCGCGCGCGCGUGCGGGGACGAGUCCGGGGCGAACGUCGGCGCGCCGAAGCUCGCGGUGGAGACGAUGGCGAUCUUCUUCAAGGUUUUGCAGGCGGGCGCGGGGGGGCUGCCGCCGGAUUUACGGGAGGAGUUGCACGGCGUCGCGCAGGCGGCGGCGAACGCGAACCCGACGCUCGCGGCGGCGGUCGCGAGCGCGGGCGGGGGUGGGGGUGGUCAGGGCGCGGUCACGCCGGGCGGGAACGCGGGCGGCGCCCCGGGCGCGGGGGGCGGCGGCGCGAACGACGCCGCCGGCGGCGGGAACUUUCCCGCGGACGUCGAAGCGGAGGCGAACUCGUACUUCCAGCGGUUGUACAGCGGGCAGCACAGCGUGGACCAGACCGUGGACAUGUUGACGCGGUUCCGCGGUUCGCAAAACGCGCGCGAGCGGGACGUUUUCGGUUGCAUGGUGCACAACCUCUUCGAUGAGUACCGGUUCUUCCCGAAGUACCCGGAGAAGGAGCUGCGCAUCACCGCGGUGUUGUUCGGUCGGCUGAUCAACCACCAGCUCGUCGUGAGCAUCACCCUGGGCGUCGCGCUCCGGUGCGUCCUCGACGCGCUGCGAAAGCCGUUCGGGACGAAGAUGUUCGCGUUCGGGUCCGAGGCGCUGGAGCAGUUCAAGAACCGCCUCCCGGAGUGGCCGCAAUACCGGCAGCACCUCGCGGCGGUCCCGCACCUGCCUCAGGCGCACCCGGACCUCGCGCAGCUGCUCGGCGCGGCGGCGGAACAGCGCGGGGUGUCGCAGCUCGGCAGGGACGAGCCGUCGAUGAUGGGCGGCGACGCCGCGGGCGGCCUCUCCGGCGGCCUCGCCGGGUUGAGCCUCGGCGCGGGCGGGGACGGCGCGGGCCCCCCCGCGCCGCGGCCGCCGAUGCCCCCCGGCGCGCCCCCCGCGGACGGCGGCGACGCCGCGAAGAGCGCGGGCGGGACAGGCCUGCUCUCGCAAUCGUCCGCGGGCGCGGGCACGAACCUCCUCGGCGGCGGCGGAGGAAGCGGCGCGAACCUCGGCCCGUCGGCGCCGAGCGGCGGCGGGACGGGCUUCGCGACGUCGCUUAACCUCGAGACCCUCCUCGCGUCCGCGUCGAACCAGAACAUGUCCGUCCCGGACACGGAGACGAUCGAUAAGGUGCACUUCGUCGUGAACAACCUCUCGACGCAGAACAUGGACGACAAGGCUGCGGAGGUGAAGGCGCGCCUCGGCGAGCAUCAGUGGCCGUGGUUCGCGAUUUAUCUCGUCGUGAAGAGAGCGUCGAUCGAGCCAAACUUUCACGCGCUCUACCUCGGUCUGCUGGACGCGAUCAACGACAAAGGACUGUUCCGGCUCGUCCUGGACGCGUCGUACAACAACAUCAAGACGCUGCUGAGCUCGAACAAGGUGAAGACGAACAGCGGCGAGCGGAGCCUCCUGAAGAACCUCGGGAGCUGGCUCGGGCAGCUCACGAUCUCGCGGAACCAGCCGGUUUUGAUGCGCGAUCUGGACUUGAAAGGGCUGAUCCUCGAGGCGUACCAGACCGGGCACAUGAUCGCGGUGAUUCCGUUCAUCGCGAAAGUGCUCGAGCCCGCGAAGGACAGCAUCAUCUUCAAGCCGCCGAACCCGUGGACGACGAACGUCCUCGCGCUUCUGAAGGAGAUCUACAGCGAACGCGACCUCAAGCUCAACUUAAAGUUCGAGAUGGAGCGUCUGUUCAAGCACCUCGACUGCGAGAUCAAGGAGUGGAAGUGCAGCAACUUGCUGUACGCGCGGCAGCGCGAGCGCGCGGGGAACCCAGACUUCGUCGCGGACAAGAACCCGCCCGCGAUGGCGCCGUCCAUGGGCACGCCGUACGAGCCCGGGAUGGGCGGCAUGGGCCAAGGCGCGAUGUCCGCGGCGGGCGGCCGCGCGGACGUCUCCGGCGCGUUCGGAGGCGGCGGAUCAGGCGGAGCCGGCGACGGCGGGAUCCCGGACAUGGGCGCCGGCGGGCUCCCGAACGCGAUGCAGCAACACAUCAAGAUCGCGCCCGCGCCGAACCUCCCGGAGACGGCGCGCGUCGCGCUCGCGCGGCUGCUCCCCGUCGCGCUCACGGCGGCGGUGCGCGAGAUCGUGUCCCCCGUCGUCGAGCGCUCCGUCACGAUCGCGUGCAUGACGACGCGCGAGCUCGUUCUGAAGGACUUCGCCGUCGAGCCGGACGCGGCGCGGAUGAGGAAGGCGGCGCAUCUGAUGGUGUCCUCCCUCGCCGGGUCGCUCGCGCUCGUGACGUGCCGCGAGCCGUUGAAGGCGUCCGUCGCGUCGCAGCUCAGGGCGCUUCUGAACCAAGCCGGGGCGGUGUCCCCGAACGAUCAGCAAGCGCUCGAACAAGCGGUGCAAGCGGCGACGGUGGACAAUCUCGAGCUCGGGUGUUCGCUCAUCGAGUCCGCGGCGACGGAGCGCGCGGUUCGGGACAUCGACGAAGCCCUCGCGCCCGCGGUGCUCGCGCGGCAGAAGCACCGGGAGAAGAACGGGCCCAACGGGCAGCCGUUUUUCGACCCGGCGUAUCUCCAAGGCCGGUUCCCCGGCGCGCUUCCGGAAUCGCUCCGGCCGAGCCCUGGGCACCUCGCGCCCGCGCCGCAGCGGAUCUACGACGACUUCGCGUCGCUCCCGCGCGCGCCGCCGCCGCCUCCCGGGGCGCCGCCGGCGUUCGCGGCGCAACGCGGGCAGUUUGGCGGUCCGCCGCCGCCGCCGCCGCCCGGGGCGUACCCCGGUCAGCCGCCGCCGCCGCCGCCUUCGACGCCGCCUCCCCCGCCCCCCGACGGCGGCCCUCCCGGGUCGCUCGGCAUGGACAUGGGGCUGGGCGGCGGCGUCGGAGGUGUCGCCGCGCUCGCCGCCGCCGCGGGCAUUGGCGACGCAGGCGGCGUGCAGCCGGUGCUCGAACGCUACCGCGUCGCCGCCGCGCGCCUGGACGCCGCCGUCUCCACGGAACCCGCCGCGCGGUUCUCGCUAUUACCCGAGAACCACGAGGCGAGGAACGCGGUGAACGACAUCGCCGCCGCGGCCGCCAUCACGGGCGCGCCCGCGGGGUCGCCGCAGUCCGAUGAAGCCCACCUGGCGGUGGCGCAGAAGCUGUUCCAACGUCUGUACGACCGCCCGGGCGCCGCCGGUCGCCGUCUGCACCGGACGUCGCACAUCGCCGCGCUCGCGGCGCUGCGCGAGAGCUCGCGCGCGGUCACGCGCGAAGUCACCGGGUGGCUCAUCUACGCCGACGACGAGAGGAAGCUGAACAAGGACAUCACCGAAGGCCUCGUCCGCGCGGGCGUCGUGAGCGAACAGUUUUUGGGCGAGCUCGACGCGCACCUCGCGAAGCUCAUCCUCGGCGGCGGCGCCAGCGCGACGCCCGCGAUGGAGUGCGCGGUGCACAUCGUGCAGCACUGCGUCAUCGUCGAGCCGUGCGUCGCCCCCGCGGAGUUGACCGCCACCUUGGACGCGCUCGCGAAGGCGUGCGCGCGCCCGGGGGCGCCGGAGAACGUCGCCGAGCUCGUCGAGCAGGCGCGCGCGAAGGGCGAAAAGAAGGAGGGCGGCGGCGGCGGCGGGAAAUCGAAAGAGCUCCCGGAUCCGGUCGGUCUCCGCGAGACCGUCGCGCAGCACUUCGACGAGUGGGCGAGGGUGCAAGACCUUCCCUCCGGCGACGCGGCGACGGCGACGUUCUUGACGAACCUCGCGAAGGGCCGUCUCCUGCACGAGGACACGCAGGACAGGUUCCUUCGCAUCCUCGUCGAGCUCGCGGUGACGCACUGCCUCGGCUCGGAGGUCAGCGCGGGGACGCCCCCUCCCGGGGCCGCGCCCGCGCUGUCGUUCGUCGCCGUCGACGCGUACGUCCGCCUCGUCGCGCUCCUGUGCCGCCGCUCGUCCGAGCCGAUCGCGUCGCGGCUGUCGCUUCUCGGGCGAGCGCUCGUCGCCAUCGCGCGGACGGCGAUGCGAGACACGGACGAACGCGGCGCGGCGUUCAACCCGCGUCCGUACUUCCGCGCGCUGUGCGGCCUCAUGAUGGAGAUGCACGCCCCGGACAGCACGCUGGACACCGGACAUCCGCAGGUUCUCGCCGCGUUCGCGUCCGCGCUGCUCGCGCUGCAGCCGCUGCGCGUCCCCGGGUUCGCGUUCGCGUGGCUCGAGCUCGUGUCGCAUCGGUGCUUCCUCCCGCGGCUGCUCACGGAUCACAACCGCAAGGGGUGGCCGCUGCUGCAGAAGCUCCUGACCGCGAUGCUGAAGUUCCUCGAGCCGUUCUUACGUCAGGCGGAGCUCACGGAGACGGUCAGGCUGCUGUACCGCGGGACCCUGCGGCUGUUGCUCGUGCUCUUGCACGACUUCCCGGAGUUUUUGUGCGAUCACCACUUCAACCUGUGCGACACCAUCCCGCCGAACUGCAUUCAGAUGCGUAACCUCGUCCUGAGCGCGUUCCCGCGGAACAUGCGGCUGCCGGACCCGUUCACGCCGAACCUCAAGGUGGACCUCCUCCCGGAGAUCUCGCAGUCCCCGAGGGUCGUCGCGGACACGGAGAACGCGUUCCGAUCGUCGCCGUUGAGGCAAGAGCUGGACGCGUUUUUGAAGAACCGCUCGCCCGCGAAUUUCUGCGCGGAUCUCCGCGGGAAGCUCCAGCUCGAGCCUCGCGCGGCGACGGCCGCGGGGACGCGCUACGAUGUCCCGCUCCUGAACGCGCUCGUGCUCUACGUCGGUGUCCAGGCGAUCCAGGCGAACCGGAAGGACCAGUCCAGCCCCAUCACGCACACCGCGCCGAUGGACGUGUUCAAAGGCCUCGCGCAAGAGCUCGACACCGAGGGGCGGUACCUGUUCUUAAACGCGGUCGCGAAUCAGCUUCGGUACCCGAACUGCCACACGCACUACUUCUCGUGCGUGUUGCUGUACUUGUUCGCCGAAGCCGGGAGCGAGAUCGUUCAAGAGCAAAUCACGCGCGUGUUACUCGAGCGUCUGAUCGUGAACCGCCCGCAUCCGUGGGGGCUGCUCAUCACGUUCAUCGAGCUGAUCAAGAACCCGAGGUACAACUUCUGGGGGCACUCGUUCACGCGGUGCGCGCCGGACAUCGAGCGGCUGUUCGAGUCCGUCGCGCGGUCGUGCAUCGCACCGCAGAAGCCGGAAGGCUCCGAGGACGGAGGCAUGCCGAUGCCCGUCUCGUAAUUCAAUCGAAGGCUGCCGACGCGGGCGGCGUCUUCGCCAACAAACCAAUUUGAAAAAUCCCAAAAAAAAGUGUUCCACCGCGCGAGAAGAAGCGCUCUUCUCGCGUCGGUGGGGCAUUGUAUUCUUCUAGGGAGUUGACUUUGUAUGAGAGAGAAAUCUAUGAUAAA